GCCACAAACCACUGUGACCGUCCCUUCAUUUGGUUCGCGUUGCUUCUUGUGGCCGUCAAUCUUCCGAUCGCCACAGCGAUAACGGACCACGGCGCCAUCGCGCCGCUCGCCACACUUCCUUCCGAGCUCUUCGCCUCUUCUCCUUUCGUAAUGACGGCGGCCGUUGGGCCGGCCGUCUCCGCUGCGGCCGUCCGCCCGACCUGGGCGGCGAAGCAGGGGAGGAAAGAUAAGGGAUCGGGCGGGAUGGGGAACAUGCUCCGGGUGCUCCGGAACGACCGGGAUUUUCUUCGGGAGCGUCUCCGGCCGCUUUCCAAUGCGCUAGGGAACCUCCUCUGGCUCCGAAACCUCGAAGACCCCCGCGCCAAAGACGUGUGCCGCCCUCCUGCCACGUGGCCGAAGAUUUCGCAUCCGCCAGGUCUAUCUGGUUUGGACCUAAUGAUGGCUGAUUUUGAAGCCUUGAAGGUGUAUGCUAAUCAUUUGCAAGACACUUGUAAAGUUUUGUUCAUGCCUUUACCUGAAAUUUAUGACCCUGAAAAGGUGGAACUCUAUUUUAGUUGCCGACCUCAUAUACUGGCAUUCCGAAUUACUGAGGUUUUCUUGUCAUUUGCCUCUGCUGCCAUAAAACUGCAAGCUUCAAAAAUUUCCAAUCUGAAUAAGCACAGAGCCAACCUGAAUGACGGCUUUGAUGGUUCACGAUAUCAUAUUGGUCAGAUUGUUAAAGAGUCAUUGCUGAAUCUUGGUCCAACUUUUGUCAAAGUUGGGCAGUCCCUCUCUACAAGGCCAGACAUAAUUGGUUCAGAUAUUUCAAAAGCACUAUCUGAGUUGCAUGACAAAGUACCUCCUUUCCCACGGACAGUUGCAAUGAAAAUUAUUGAGGAUGAAUUUGGAAGCCCUGUAGAGAGAAUCUUUAGUUACAUUUCAGAAGAUCCAGUAGCUGCAGCUUCAUUUGGGCAGGUCUAUCGUGGCUGUACACUUGAUGGCAGCGUUGUUGCUGUAAAGGUCCAACGUCCAAACUUGCUUCAUGUGGUUGCACGAGAUAUCUACAUUUUACGUCUUGGGCUAGCGUUGUUAAGGAAGAUAGCAAAACGAAAGAGUGAUCUUUGCCUCUAUGCUGAUGAGCUUGGUAAAGGUUUAGUUGGUGAAUUGGACUACACAAGAGAAGCAGCAAAUGCUACUGAAUUUAUGGAAGUUCAUUCACAGUAUUCAUUUAUGUUGGUCCCAAAGGUGUUUAUGAAAUUAACCAGCAAGAGAGUUCUCACUAUGGAGUGGCUAAAUGGUAAAAAUCCGAAUGAGUUGCUUGUUCAAUCCAAGGAACUUGUCCAGGAGAAUGGUCAGUACUUGGAAAUGCAAACAUUGGACACAAAAGUGCAACUUUUAGAUCUGGUCAAGAAAGGCGUGGAUGCAACAUUAAUUCAACUUCUUGACACAGGCCUAUUGCAUGCUGACCCACAUCCAGGGAAUUUGUGUUACACACCUGAUGGGCAUAUUGGGUUUCUUGAUUUUGGUUUGCUUUGCCGGAUGGAGAAGAAACAUCAGCUUGCAAUGCUUGCCUCCAUAGUUCACAUAUCUAAUGGAGACUGGAAUGCACUUGUCUAUGAUUUGAUGGAAAUGGAUAUUGUAAGGCCAGAAACCAACCUUCGUCGUGUAACAAUGGACUUGGAAGAGGCCUUAGGUGAGGUAGUCUUCGUCAAUGGAAUUCCUGACAUCAAGUUUAGUCGAGUUCUUGGUAAAAUUUGGUCUGUAGCACUCAAAUACCAGUUUCGUAUGCCACCAUACUUUACACUGGUCUUGCGCUCUUUGGCUUCCUUUGAAGGUUUGGCACUAGCAGCAGAUCGAAAUUUUAAGACAUUUCAAGCUGCUUACAAUUAUGUCGCAAGGAAACUUCUACAUGAUAAUUCAGCUACUGCAAGAAAAAUAUUGUAUUCGGUUGUCUUCAACAAAAGGAGGGAGUUGCAAUGGCAGAGGAUUUUGCUUUUUCUUAGGCUGGGUAACGUGAGAUCUUCCUCCUAUGGGCAAAGUGUCAGAGAGGAUGUCUUUGAAACUGCAAACCUCAUUUUGAGGCUAUUAUCCUCAAAGGAUGGUACUGUUUUCAGAAGAAUUCUAAUGAUUGCAGAUUCGACUUCUUUGGCUCGAGCAUUUAUUUCUAAAGAAGCAAUUAUCUUCCGUAAAAAUUUGAGUGCUGCUCUUGCUGAUGUUUUCUUCCAAUGGAUGUUGAAAGCUAUUAGAGGAAAUGGAGCAUUAGGCCAAUGUGAUCAGCAAUACGACGAGCACUCUUUUGCAGCUAGCAAACAGAAAGAGACGAUGCUAGGCCUGUCAUCUGUGCUUUCUGUGCCAUUAUUACAAGCUGCCGUAGUAGACCGAAGGCUAAAAGUAAUAUAUUACAAGAAGCUGAAUGAUGUAAGACGAGAUCCCAUAUUGAUGUUGAAGGUGUGUUGGAGUUUCUCAACAAUCUUUAUGACAGCUGCAGCACUUGCAUUGAAUAGUUUUCUAGUUUACUGGUCAGAAUCAUAUGUAACAUCUUUUGUACAAAGGCGAUUUGCCACAGGGGUGUCAUAAGCUACUAGGAUAAUCGAAAUGAUCAAAUAUUGCUUAUUUUUGUAUAGAGAGCGCUGUAAAUAGUCCGGUUAUCGCUAUUUUGUACACACAACAAAUUGUAGAAAUGCCAAGAAAUUGAAAUAGUCAAUGUGAAAAAGGACACUGACAUUUUACCAA